AGUAAUUUUCUGUAGGCGUGCGACUUUAGAAAAAUAGGAAACGACACGAUUCACUUCCCUUCAGCAAUCUGAAUGGUUUACAAGGAUUGGAUAGUUUAUAUAAAGCUAGGAACCACCACUUCGACCUGAAACACUUCUCUUAGUAUUGUUCAUGCUGAUUAAACGGAGAAUGGCAAUGAGCUUUGCAGCAGCUUUUGUUUUUCUCCUGAUAUCACAUAGACCAUCGCAGUCCACGACAGGCUGCCUGUGCAAAGACAACGUCUGUUACACCGUAACUCAAAGCUCGGCGAAUUUUGAUGUUGCACAGAAAACAAUCACAAUUCACUACGAACAAUCGCUGUCGCAUCAAUCUAAGGAAUAUAACUAUUCGAUCUCGGUCUUGUUGUCUAAUUUAAAAGGACAUUUCUGGGUUGGGCUGCGAAGUUCCGAUGAACGGUGCCCUCAAAACGCAGUUUUGCCCGGUUGGGCAACAGGAAAUGAAAGUACUAACUUUACCAGAUCGAAAGAACCGGACUCUGUUUGCUCUCAGCAGUGUGUCUCCGUUUCAGGCGACCUGACGUGGAAAGAAAGGCCUUGUCAAGAUCAGGCGGAUGGCUUUCUGUGCGAGUACAGGUUUAGUAAAAUGUGCAAUAUUUCUAAAGGGCAAGUCGAUUCCCAAACUCUUUUGUACAGAACUCCUUUAGGAUUGCAGGGAAGUGAUCUCAUCUUGGUCCCUCCAGGAAGCAUCCUGACACUGGAACCCUCUGGAAUGAAGAUCUAUUGUGUGGACAACGACACUGUGGACUGGAUCCAGGGCCCGUGGAAUUGCGAGAUUGAAAAAGGUGGCUGUGAACAUCAGUGCGAGAUGUGCAACGGGAAACCACAGUGCACCUGCCCACCAUACAUGAAACUUGAGGAGAAUAAAGUGGCAUGGUGGCGUAGCUGCUCACAGCUCCUGGAUCCCUGGACUGAUUUCGGAGUCGUAUCCAAUUCAGUAUCCCUGGAAAUCUGUAUCCCCCACCGUAAUGCGUACGCAGACCACAGAAAAAAAACUUUCCAAGAUACUUAAUGAUACAGACUGCUCCUGCGUGCAUGUUUGAGUCUCUGUUCAUUACAAUAUAGAUCAAAAGGACCCCGUCGUUUUUGUGCGUUUAUACUGGUUUUCUCAGAGUAUUUAAGGCGUUCUGUAGGAAUUCAUAUUAAAGUUACAGCCACCAUAUGAAUGGAAGCUUAAGUCAUUUAACUCAAGACAGCACACAAAUGCUGUGUACAUCUUUUGUUCUUGUGUUCCAUAUAAAUUAUUUUAUAUGCGUUAUCUUACUUCCCUGAGAUAACGGAUUGUGCGCAUUCCGAGGCGGGGUAGGAGGGAGAAUACAAAUUUCUAGGGGAUGGUGAAUUGUAUACGAAAACGGGAGAUCUCUAUUAUAAUCAAACGUCGCUUAUCUCUCGUUUCAUUUGUGCUGAAAAUCAAAGACGGUCAGUAUUCCACAGCGCGUCUACGUACAAUAGCCACUAGAUGGCGAUCGUGUGCGGCAUCUAUCCAUCAUUACUUUUAGCAACUCUUUGGAAAACGAAAUUACCUCAAGUCCAAAUACCUUAACCUUAGAGUGUAUCGAUCAGUAUGUUAUCACUUUACAUCAAAAUCUAAAACAUGAGUGAGACAGUGGAACAGCAAACGGAAACAACAACAACAACAACAACAAAAUUGUAAUUUUACAGUAGUGACUUGUGGAUAUUAAUAUUGUGUGACACAAUUCACCCCACUACAAUGAAAAUAUUUUUUUAAUCACAAGAAAGUACCUUUCCAAAUUUCAGAAUCAAUAUAGCAGUAUAGCAGUUGUAACAACAGGACUUGCACCCUAUGCUACUGGGAUUGGCACUGGCAUGUCAUGACGGAAGGAUAAUAUGUGGAAGAAUGGGUAUUACCCCAAUUAAACAGGUCGUGUUUGACAGUUUUUUGGUAUAGUAUAGUAAAUAUAAAAAACAUAUUGCUGCUCUAUAAUUGGUCCACUGAAGAGCAACAAGAUUAAUUCCCAGGCAUAAAGGAAUGUCCAAAACUGACAGCCUAGAAAAACUGAACCUUCUUCUUCUUGAACAGAGAAGAGGGGGGGAACCUGACUGAAGUAUUCAAAAUCCUCAAAGGCAUUCUUUUAAGAAAUAGUUGAAUGAUAUACUGGGUAACAUAGCUACUAACUGCCAAACUGGCCUGUUGUGCCAAAGACCCACUGCUUUUGUUGUGUUAUGUAGAAAUAUAGGUGUAACUAGGUUUGGUGCUUUUCUGAUUUUCUUUUCCUGCAUGCAAAAUAAAUCCUAACAGAAGUCUCCAACUCUGGUCCUGGGCAAUGGAUUAACCAAUCAAUAAAACAAUUAAUGUAUUCAAUUACAGUGAUUGUAGACUCUGGUCUGUACAUGCUGUAUAUUGUAGUAUUCUGAUUUUUGUUCCACCUAAUCUCUAACUUAGAAAUAGACUGCAAUUGUUCAUAAUACUUUUUUUCCAAGUCUUUCAUUGAUGAUUCAGUGGUUAUUCAUAAAUCCUACUGCCUUGGGACUCCCUGGGGCCAGGAUUGUGUACGACCGAGGUAAGUCCCUUUGAACUGUGAAGGGACAGAGAUCCAUUUAUUGAAAAAAAAAAUAAUACAAUGAAUAAUUUUGUUCAAAGCCAACUUUUACACUUGAUAAUUGCUUUCUCUAGUUUAUUGUGGUUGCUUAGCUUCUCUGUUGACCGCAGGUGUGUUGUGCAUUGAAUAUAAAGUUCAACCUGCUUCAAAUAACUUAAUUCCAGAAGUUGUCUGUAUUUUGUAAUCAGCACAAAUGACAGAAGUUGCUUGGUAUCAAACCUAGAUACUGUAUAUCCAUUAUUUUAGAAGAAUGUAUUGUAACUCUGUAAACAUUUCACUUUAGUUUAAUAUACAUUCAGGCAGCAAAUUGUCUCGGUUCAUUUAGAUACUUAAUGGUGUAUUUGUAUUUGAAUUCAACACCCCAACUAUUAUUUUUAUGAUUUUUUAUGAUUUACAUAUGAAGGUGAAUGCUUU